AUGGUGAAGCUUGACUUUGAUCUACAGAGGGACGUGCCCGAGCUGACUGGCAAGGUGUUGCUCAUCACGGGCACGAAUGGCCUCGGUGCUGCGGCGGCAAAGAUGCUUGCGAGCCGCAACCCCGCCAAGAUCUACAUUACCGGCCGCAAAGACGCUGCUGCUCAGAAAACAAUUUCGGAUAUCAAGUCCGCCGGCUCGACCGCCGAAGUGACUUGGAUACGUUGUGAUCACGCACGCCUUGCUUCCGUCCAGGAGGCUGCAGACAAGAUCCUGGCCCAGGAAUUCCGUCUGGACAUGCUCAUGGCCAAUGCUGGUGUCAUGGCCCUCCCACCCGGGCUCACCGCCGGGCUCACCGGCGAUGGCUACGAGCUACACUUCGGCAUCAACCACAUCGCUCACGCCCUGCUGAUCCGAAAGCUGCUCCCCCUGCUGCAGAAGACAGCCGAAGAGCACGGCGAGGCACGAGUCAUCCCCGUGUCGAGCCUAGCGCUCGUCCCAGCGCCCAAGGGUGGGAUAGUCUUCAAUGAUUUCAAGACGACACAGGCGUACUGGAUCCUCGGAAAGUGGCAGCGGUACGCCCAGAGCAAGCUGGCAAACCUACUAUACGGGAGAGAGCUCGCGAGGCGGUACCCUGAGGUUUUGACGCUGGUGGAUGACCCUGGCCCGAGCAACACCGGGCUUGUGACGAGUUUGGGGUGGGUGGACAAGAUGAUUGUGUACCUGGGGAAUUAUAACAAGUUUCUCGAUGAUGAUCAAGGCCACUGGAACCAAGUGUGGUUAGUUGGGGUAUCUAAGGAAAAGGCGAGCACUGGAGGGUUAUAUGAGCCUGUUGGAAUACCGAGCCAGCCCUAUACGGCGUAUUGUCUCGAUGACAAGCUAGCAGCGAGGCUUUGGGAGUGGACAGAGGAUGAGCUCAAGCCAUGGCUAACUUGA